UUUGAAUUUGCUUAAUUUAUUGCAAGCAGCAUGUCUGGAAACGAGAGUUCGAAGAGUACUAACACCAGCCAAAGUUACCUCAGUAAACACUUUCUUCUCUUGAAAUAUUUCAUUUUCGAACUCUAUUUUACAUCCAAACCUUGGAGCCGAUUAAUAUUUGUCAUGAACAUAAACCAGAGCUUCGACGAGACCAGAGAAAGAAUAUCGAAGCUGAUUCAAAAAACCGAAAUUUCGAUAUCAACAUACGAUACAGCAUGGGUUGCUAUGGUCCCUUCUCCAAACUCUCCACAAGAACCAUGUUUCCCGAAUUGUCUGAAUUGGCUGCUCGAAAACCAGUGCUGUAAUGGCUCGUGGGCCCGUCCACAUCACCAUUCCUUAUUACAAAAGGACAUUCUUUCUUCUACGUUAGCGUCCGUUCUUGCACUCAAGAAAUGGGGAGUCGGCGAAGAACAAAUUAAUCGAGGGGUGCGAUUUAUAGAGUCGGAAUUUUCUUCAGCUAACGACAACUCUCAGAUUUCUCCCAUUGGAUUCGAUAUUAUAUUCCCAACUAUGCUUGAUUAUGCCAAAGAAUUGUUUUUGAAUCUCCGUUUAGAGCCUAGUACGUUGAACGACUUGAUUCACAAGAGUGAUCUUCAGCUUGAAAGUCACUCGUCGGAGGGGGAAGAAGCUUAUUUGGCAUAUAUUGCAGAAGGAAUCGGAAAAUUAUACGAUUGGGAAAAAACAAUAAUGAAAUAUCAAAGAAAAAAUGGAUCUCUUUUCAACUCUCCAUCCACAACAGCAGCUGCUUACAUGGCCCUUCCUAAUCCCGAUAGCCUUAAUUACCUUCGAUCGGCCCUCAAGAAGUUUGGUAAUUCAGUUCCUGCAGUUUACCCUCUAGAUAAAUAUAUUCAGCUAUCCACAGUUGAUAAUCUCGAAAGAUUGGGGAUUAGUCGGUAUUUUAGGAAUGAAAUCGAAACUAUGUUGGAUGAAACAUACAAAUUUUGGGUGCAGGGCGACGAAGAGAUAUUCAUGGAUGCUUCAACUUGUGCUCUUGCAUUCCGAUUAUUGCGUAUGAACGGAUACAAUGUUACUUCAGAUCGGGUAACAAGUAUUUUGGAGGAGUGCCUUUCGAGUAACACGAAAGACGUACAUGAAACUCUUGAAUUAUAUAGAGCAUCAGAGUUGAUAAUCUCACCAGACGCGGGAGAUUUGGAAAGACAAAAAUCGAGGCUUAAACAUUUACUCGAGCAGAAAAUAUCUAGUGGUAGAAAUGUUGACCGAGAGGUGUACCAUGCUCUUCACUAUCCCUUUUAUUCAACUUUGGAUCGGAUUUCGAAACGGCGAAAUAUAGAGCAUUACAAUUUAGACAACACAAUAAUCGGGAAAACUUCGUAUUGUUCGGCAAAUUUUGCCAACAAGGAUUUCCUUUUGCUGUCGGUAGAAGACUUCAACAAAUGCCAAGCAAUACAUUGCCAAGAACUCAAAGAUCUCGAGACAUGGGUGGUCGAGAACAAAUUAGACGAGCUGAAAUUUGCAAGGAGUAAGUCUGCAUAUUGAUAUUUCUCCGCCGCAGCAACUUUCUUCGAACCCGAAUUGUCAGAUGCUCGUAUGUCGUGGGCCAAAAACGGUGUUCUCGCCACAGUGGUGGACGACUUUUUUGACGUUGGAGGUUCUAUAGAAGAAUUAAAGAACUUAAUUCGUUUAGUCGAAGUAUGGGAUGCUGAUGUCAGCACGGAAUGCUGUUCACAGAAUGUUCGGAUAAUAUUUUCGGCCCUUAAGACCACAAUAUGUGAGAUUGGAGACAAAGGGUUCGUAAAACAAGAACGAAGCGUGAUGAAUCAUAUAAUCAAGAUUUGGCUAGAUUUGCUGUAUUCCAUGAUGAAAGAAGCUGAAUGGGAUAGAGAAAAAUCCCUUCCUACAAUGGAUGAAUAUAUGGAAAACGCGUAUGUAUCGUUUGGUCUCGGCCCAAUUGUGCUGCCUGCACUAUAUCUUGUGGGGCCUAAGCUCUCGGAGAAGAUGGUCAACGAUUCCGAAUACCACAAUCUAUUCAAAUUGAUGAGUACUUGUGGGCGUCUUCUAAAUGAUUUUCAAGGUUACGAGAGAGAAAUGAAAGAUGGCAAGCUAAAUGCGGUGACGUUGUAUAUAACGAAAAGUGGCGGUGAAAUGACGAAAGAGGACGCUGUUACGGAGAUGAAAGAAUCGAUCGUGAGAAAAACGAGAGAGCUACGGAGAUUAGUUUUGGAGGGAGAGAAGAGUAGUGUUCUUCCAAAAGCUUGCAAGGAUUUGUUUUGGCAUAUGAGCACUGCUUCGCAUCUCUUUUACAGUAAAGACGACGGUUUCACCUCACAUGAAUUGUUCGGAGUUGUUAAUUCGAUUAUUAACGAGCCUAUUGUUCUCAAUGAACUUCCUUAGAGCGAUGAACUUGCUUUGAUUUUCCUUGAAAGUGUGUUUGAAUUGGAAAAUAUGAAUCUUUAAUUUUUUUUGGGAGAGAGCAGGAAUUAGUACUAUUCAGUGCAGAAUUUGUUGCUCUGUUUUAAUAACUUUAUAUUAAUCUGAUCUUAAACCCUCACAGAUUUCUUAUGCCAA